UUGCUUCUCCGCAAACUAGCUGGCUGGCCUGUUCCUCUACUCCACACACUACAAAUCCCCCCCCCCCAUCACACCCCUCUCCUCCUCCUCCUCCACCACCCUUCUCCAGCUGGUCCGUCAUCCGCACCCCGGCAGAUAUCCGUGACACACGCCCCACGGCGCCCCCCGAGCCACGGGUCUCGCCAUGCCGGGUCCGGUGGCCGGUAGCAAGUCCCGUGUGUAUGCAGACGUCAACACCCUGAAGACCCGGGAAUACUGGGACUACGAGGCCCACGUCCCCAACUGGAACAACCAGGAGGACUACCAGCUGGUUCGAAAGCUGGGCAGAGGGAAGUACAGCGAAGUGUUCGAGGCUAUCAACAUCACCAACAAUGAGAAGGUGGUGGUCAAAAUCCUGAAGCCGGUGAAGAAGAAGAAGAUCAAGCGAGAGAUCAAAAUCCUGGAAAACCUGCGAGGAGGAACCAACAUCAUCCGCCUGGUGGACACAGUCAAAGACCCCGUGUCCAGAACUCCAGCGCUCGUCUUUGAAUGCAUCAAUAACACAGAUUUUAAGGAGUUGUACCAGAAGUUGACGGACUACGAUAUCCGAUUCUAUAUGUAUGAACUACUGAAGGCUCUGGACUACUGUCACAGUAUGGGAAUCAUGCAUCGUGACGUCAAACCCCACAAUGUGAUGAUCGACCACCAGUUGAGAAAGCUACGCCUUAUAGACUGGGGCCUGGCGGAGUUCUACCACCCGUCCCAGGAGUACAACGUCAGGGUGGCCUCGCGAUACUUCAAGGGCCCCGAGCUGCUCGUGGACUACCAGAUGUAUGACUACAGUCUAGACAUGUGGAGCCUGGGCUGCAUGCUGGCCAGUAUGAUCUUUCAGAAAGAGCCCUUCUUCCACGGACAAGACAACUACGACCAGCUGGUGAGAAUCGCCAAGGUUCUGGGGACGGACGAGCUGUUCGGAUACCUGCGGAAAUACCACAUCGAGCUGGACCCUCGCUUCAAAGACCUGCUGGGACAGCAGAGCAGGAAGCGCUGGGAACAGUUUGUGCAGACAGAGAACCAGCACCUGGUGAGCCCCGAAGCCCUGGACCUGCUGGACAAGCUGCUACGCUACGACCAUCAACAGAGGCUGACCGCCACGGAGGCCAUGGAGCACCCCUACUUCUAUCCGGUAGUAAAGGAACAAUCUCUGUCGAACUCUGACAACAACAUGGUUUCCAGUGGCAACACUACAGCGCGAUGAAACACAGAAGGUGGAAGAUGAAGGAUGUUUGUUACCUCAACUUUGUACCCGGUUGUGACAGUAACUUUGACAAGUGUACAGUGACAAUGGAUCAAAGUAACUCUGACCAGUUACACACUCACAGACACACACACACACACACACACACACACACAUACACACACACACACACACACACACACACACAUCAAGUCAAGCACAUGGCUCCAUACAGCACAAACACACACAUACGGACACAAGAAACACACACACACACACAAACACACACACACACCCUCCUCCUCUGUAUCAGUCUGUGAUUGGCUUGUCCUGGUUCCCUGUCCAGCAGCCUGACCAAUGAGCUUUGAAGCUGCUACCCCCCCUCCCCUCGCCCUGCCCCUGUCCCCCCGACGCCCCGGUCUCUGCCCCCCCCCCCCACUGCCCCGGCUCACUCUCAAGUAGGCCAACGAAGUACUAUCAAAGACAAUUCAAUCUCCCCUCCUUUAUCCCUUUAUUCCCCCUCCUCCCCCCUUUGUUUGCAUCAGCAUGGAGAAUGAACAGGAGUGUGAGCCUGUACAAGUCGUCCCCCCCCCCCCCCUUCAACCCCCCCUGAUCCCGAUCUGACUGUCCAUCUGUCUGUCUGACCGCCUCCUCCUCCCCCCGUCCCUCCCUCAGCAGACAGACAGGCGUCUUAGCACUACUCCAGAUCUGAAAGUGGCAUGGUGGACUCUCUCUAGAUAGAAUGAUGACGAUAAUAAUAAUAAUAUUAAUGAAAAAUAAAUGAUUUUUAUUUAGAUGAA